AAUGUAGGCAAAGACGCACGAACGGGUGUAGCAAACUGUUGUAGCUCCUACGCCCUAGACACAAGAAGUGUAGCCUUGUCAUUUCAACCCACACUAAUAGAAAUAUUUCAACAUUCAACCAGCCAUCAUGAGGGUUUCAAGCAUAGAUUGCCGCCGUUUGAAGAAAAUUAUCAGAAAGGAAUGUGGAAGCUGUCUUAUUGUGGAUUGUCGACCAUACUUUUCUUUUUCGAACUCUAAUAUUAAAGGUUCGGUCAACGUGAACCUGAAUUCCGUUGUCGUCAGGAGAUCCCGAGGCGGCCCGGUGCCGCUUCAGUUUGUCAUUCCGGAUGAGAAAGCUUUGUAUCGGCUCCGGGAAGGCAGCAUCUCGGCUGUCGUGGCUCUGGACGACCGGACACCUCAUUUCCAAAAGCUCAGAAAGGACAGUGUCGCUCAAAUAGUGAUUAAUACACUCUCAGCGAGUGGUGCUAACAUCUACUUUCUGAAAGGGGGCUAUGAGAACUUCCACGCCCAAUACCCUGAACUUUGCACUGAGAUGAAAGCCGUCGAACCUACCGGAACCGAAACCGAGAGAAUCAUCGGCAGCCACUGUGAGAAACUGGGCUCCUACCUCAAGCCAGAUUACGAUCAGGGUCCGCCGGUGGAGCUCACCCCUUUCCUCUACCUCGGCAGUGCCUACCACGCCUCCCGACACGACUACCUGGCUGACCGCCGCAUCUCAGCCUUGCUCAACGUCUCCAGGCGGGACACACACCCGGCAAAAGGCCAGUAUGACUACAAGUGGAUCCCAGUGGAGGACAGCCACACGGCCGACAUCAGCUCCCACUUCCAGGAAGCGUUCGACUUCAUCGAUCGUGUGAAACAGGCCGGUGGGAAAGUGCUGGUGCACUGUGAAGCUGGCAUCUCUCGCUCCCCGACCAUCUGCAUGGCGUACCUGAUGCGGAGCCGGCGGCUGCGGCUGGAGGAGGCCUUCGACAUCAUCCGCCAGCAGCGCGCCAUCAUCUCGCCCAACUUCAGCUUCAUGGGCCAGCUGCUGCAGUUCGAGGCUGAGGUGCUCUCUACGCCGCCUCCUGCUUCCCCUUCCUCCUCUGUCCCAGGGGCCUCCAUGGACUCUGCCACCUCGUUGGAAUUCACAGGAAAUGGCACCAGGCCCGUUCCUGCGCUCCGAGAUCCAGCCUCCUUGCCGAGGCUGUCCAUGGACUCUGCCACCCUGGCGGGAAUCGCGGAAGUGUCUGGAGCUGGAACUAAGCCCCCACCCACGCCCGGACCCCGAGGGCUAGCGGCCCCCUCCCCGUUCUUCUCCGAUGACUUUGAGCUGGGCAAGAGCUGGGAAGAGCCGUCUUCCGUCUUCUCGUUCCCUACCUCCUUCCUGACGCCCUUGCCCCUCCAGUCGCCGGUCCACCAGUUCAAGCUCAGCCCAAUAACUGCACUGCCUUAAACAAGUGCUUGGCAUUUCCUUUGUAGAUUACUUGAAAAAAAUAAAGCAUAUUAUUACUAAAUAAUAAACCAACAGUUGAAAAGAAAUAAGCCUCUUGGCAAACAUUGUUAAGCAAUGUAAUAUUAGCUAAGGUGGAGAAAGAGAAAACAGGAAAAGAAUUGUCACUGGAGUACUGCCUAAAGCUCAUUUUCUGUGUGUGGUUUUAGGGAUAUUCACUGAUACUAUUUGCCUUUGAUUUGUGGAUUUAAUGAAACUCAGCACGGUAUACUGCAAUACAUGCCUUAGCAACGUGUUUUUAUGUUGUUGUAUUACUGUUUUUGUCUUAAAAUCUGAACAGUCUUUCUUAAUUAAUUUAUUGUUUUUUAAACAGUGUGUGUUUUUAUAAAAACAAUAAAUGAUGAUAAAGUUUC